AUGAGUCAUAAUCUCAUCUCCUUUGAUUCUCACUUUACAUCAACAUAUUCAAAAACCCGUCUCAAUUUCAUCUCCAAUUCUCUCAAAAUUUCCACUUCUUCUUCCCUUUUCUACAAUUGUGUCCGUAAAUGUCCUCGCCUUCUCUUGUCCUGUUCCAAGAGUUCGCUUCUACGCCCGUGGGCUCUAACUACCGAUGAGGCUGUUGAAAAUUCCAAUCCCAAAGAAAUGAUGCCCAAAUUAGACAAAAGUGGUAGAUUUUGCAGUCCUAGAGCCGCCAGAGAACUCGCCUUGAUGAUUCUUUAUGCGGCGUGUUUAGAAGGGUCUGACCCAGUUCGCCUUUUCGAGAAAAGAUUGAAUGCCAGAAGAGAAUCUGGGUAUGAAUUUGAUAGGUCUUCAUUAAUGGAAUACAAUCACAUGAGCUUUGGAGGACCACCGGAUGAACCGGCUGGUAGAAUUCUGGAGCUUUCUAUUCUUCACUUAGCUAUGUCUGAAAUAGCAGUGCUAGGGACGCGGCACCAAAUAGUCAUAAACGAGGCUGUUGACCUUGCAAAGCGGUUCUGUGAUGGGGCAGCGCCACGUGUAAUUAAUGGUUGCCUGAGGACUUUUAUGAAAGAUGCCAAAGGGAAUGUUAAUGCUCGGGAAUCGAAGAUCGAACAGACUACGAUUCAAACCACAGAUCUAUCAUUUUUUCAUCGGAAAAGUAUUAAGGUUUUCUGA